GUUGAACAAUUUUUUCUCGAAAGAUUCACCGAAAGACUACAAUAUAUGAACUUUUCUAAGGCGUCAGUUUGGUAUGAUGAAAACAGCAGAUUCGCUCUUGAAAUUAUCGGGGAAAAACAUCUCUCUUGAUAUGAUAAUGAAUGAGCAAAGAAUCAACUUGAAGAACAUAUAAACUAUGUCAAUUCUACAGACUCUACCCUUUAUUUUAGUGUAGAGUCUUCUUGUUUAACUAUGCUAUCAACUACAUACUUGCAUGAUCCUGUGCUCGAAGAGAAAGCAAUGCCACCUCACAACAACAUAAAGCUAAUUCCAAAAUUCAUUCCAAGCAUCAACUCGAUCAAAAGAACUCUCAAUCGUAAAGCAAGAUGAGUGGAAAUCCUCCUUGACCACGACCCAGAUUUCUUCACUAACUCCAUUUUAAAAGAUCUGAGCUCAUAAAACCCUCUUUUCAAUACGUUCUCCCUCAAAA